GUUUAGUCAGAUCAUGUCCCACACAAUUUAAUUGUUGCCUCGAGAAAUUCCUCUACGCGGGCAGGCUUAUAUUAAAUUAUUAUAAUGUACAGAAAAAGGAGAACAAAACAAGACAUAUUGGAAUUUAGAAGACGAAUUGAAAAUUAUCUUCAUUUAAGAAAUAAGCUUGAAAAAUCAGUAGAAGCUAUUACAAAAGGAGAAAUAGAUAUCAAGUUCGCGCAAAAAGAUGGAAUCCCAAUUAACAUUCUUACUGAAAAAUUAAAUAUUAUGAAACGCGAAAGAGAAUAUUCUGAAUUAAAAAAUAAAUAUGAAACAGCAGUUUAUAAUGUUAUAUCGAGAAAAGAAACUUUAUCAAAAGCUGCAACACACUAUAGAUUAAAAAGAGAUGAACUAGAGAAAGAAAUAGAUGAAUUUAGAUGUUCUGGGAAGGAAACAUACGAAUAUGACAAGUUUCCAGGACCGAAUGAAGUUUUUACAUUGACAGAAGAAAAAUUGUUAUUAAAACAACUUAAGGAAACGGACGAUUCUAAAUUAUAUUGCAAAUGUCAAGUUUGUGUGCUGCAUUAUUUGCUAUAUAUAGCUUAUGAAUAUGCUAAAUUGUCAAAUAAUAAAAAUUAUCCAGUAAUAUGGCGUAAAAAACGGCAAGCGACUUUUACAUGGAUGAUAAGAUUCGAAAUGAAACAUACCAAGGAAAUUUUGAAAUUCCCAUCUACUUGUAUAAAUACAUCAUUUCAAUUAUCGACGAAUAAACAGCAAUCUUCUUCGUCGUUCGACGAAAAUGAUUCUAAAUUGCAAAAUGUUCAUGAAUCCAAGUCGUCAGAUAGUCACGAAAUUAAACAACAAUCAUCUCGAGCAUCAAAGAACAAAAAACGACGAUCUUCUUCGUCGUUCGGCAAAAAUGAUUCUAAAUUGCAAAAUAUUCGUAAAGUAAGAUACAAUGCCACACAAUUGCAAGAUAAUCUUGCAGCAGCAUCGGAAUAUUUUUCAUCGCUUGAUAAAGAUGAAGUCAAGCCGUCAGACAAUCACGAAAUUAAGCAACAAGCAUCUCGAGCAUCAAGAGCAUCAAAGAACAAAAAACGACGAUCUCCUUCGUCGUUCGGCAAAAAUGAUUCUAAAUUGCAAAAUAUUCGUAAAGUAAGAUACAAUGCCACACAAUUGCAAGAUAGUCUUGCAGUAGCAUCGGAAUAUUUUUCAUCGCUUGAUAAAGAUGAAUUCAAGCCGUCAGACAAUCACGAAAUUAAGCAACAAGCAUCUCGAGCAUCAAGAGCAUCAAAGAACAAAAAACGACGAUCUCCUUCGUUGUUCGGCAAAAGUGAUUCUAAAUUAGAAAAUGCUCAUGAAUCCGAGUCGUCAGGUAGUCACGAAAUUAAGCAACAAUCAUCUCAAGCACCGAAAUUAAACAACAGUCCUCCUUGUCAUUGGAGAAAAGUGAUGCUAAAUUCCUCAUUCAUCGAAUAACAUACAAUGCCAACUACAAAAUACUCUUGCAAUAUUUCUCAUCUUGAUAAAGAUGAAUCCAAGCCGUCAGGUAGUCAUGAAAUUAAGCAACAAUCACUUCAAGCAUCGACGAGCAAACAACAAUCUUCCUCGUCAUUCGACAAAAAUGAUUCUAAAUUUUGCAAUUUCAUCUCCAACAGUCCAAUUUAAAAUCAAUAACAAUCACCUUAAGCAUCGACAAGCA